GGGAGCCGUAGGUGGGUGGAGCCCCGGGGAGCGUGUCCUCGCUGAGUCGGGGGCUGGAGGCUGGGGUCGGGUACGCUUUCUGCGUAUUUUGUGCUCGAUGGAGAUGCCGUUCCGGGAGGCACGCCCCGAGGACUGCGCCGGCCUGGUUCCCCCCGACGAUUCGGCCGCUCACAAAGAGGAUCUUAGCAGCAAGAUUAAAGAACAAAAAAUUGUUGUGGAUGAACUUUCUAAUCUGAAGAAGAACAGGAAAGUAUAUAGGCAGCAACAGAACAGCAACAUAUUCUUUCUUGCUGACCGAACAGAAAUGCUUUCGGAAAGCAAAAAUACAUUGGAUGAGCUGAAAAAAGAAUACCAAGAAAUAGAAAACUCAGAGAAGACCAAAAUCAAGAAAUAAUCAACUUGAUUUUCCAUAACAAUGUGUGGCAU